AUGCCCAUCCUCGGCAUUGGCGUCGACAUUUUGCACCUUCCGCGUCUCAUCGGUCUAUUGAAUCGAAGGGGUUCUGAAGCUUUUGCUACGAAAAUUUUGAGCUCCCAGGAAUUCCGUUCAUUUCAAUUGCUCACAGAACAGCAUGGAGACAAAACCGAAAGGAUUGCACGGUUUUUGGGUGUGCGCUGGGCGGUGAAAGAAGCUGCAUACAAGGCCUUGUAUCCCAUCCGCCCUACCUGGAAGGAGAUCACAUACUCAUCAUUCGAUGGCGUCACUGGCGCAAAACCAACGCUUGUUUACCGCCCUGUCCGCGACUGUGUUACCCCGGUGGAUAAAUUACACGUUUCAGUGAGCCACGACGGAGCCUACAUCUACGCGCAGGUUAUUGCGGAGUCGCCGUGA